CACAAGUGGAAUGCGCUGACCUCUUUUAAGCGUGGCAGACUACACAGCUCGCAAGACAGAAGACGACUCGGAUUGUUGAGUCUACCUUACCCUCAUCUACUAGAUACUGUGGACCGACAACUCGAUUCCAAAGCCGUAGAAGAACUGAACUAUGUUACUUGUACUCGUUUUGUUUAUUCACACUCAUCCUUAUGUCAUUCAUUGUCUGAGGUCAUACAAUCCUCUUAAGGAGUGGGGUAUGUAAGGUUGUGUAAUAAUCUGUCACCAUUGUCCGUGUAUAUGUACCGUGGGUGAUCACGAUACGUCACGUGUGAUUA